UAUACCCAAAGGACACACAGGAAACCAGAAAAGUCACCAUGGACACCAGGGGAAAGACCAUCAAGUGUCGCGCAGCCAUUGCCUGGGCAGAAAAGUCUCCUCUUUCAAUUGAGGAGGUGCAAGUUGAGCCGCCGAAGUCCGGAGAAGUUCGUAUUAAGAUGAUCUCUUCAGGGAUCUGUGGCUCUGAUGACCAUGUGCUGAAAGGAGAACUCUUGAUGAACUUUCCUUUAAUUCCGGGUCAUGAAGGAGCAGGAAUUGUGGAGAGUGUUGGUGAUGGAGUUUGCUCCGUGAAACCAGGAGACAAAGUCCUCACCCUCAUCAUUCCUCAGUGUAGAGAAUGUGACGCCUGCUUGCACCCCAAAGGAAACUUCUGUGACAAGCAAGAUGUUUUUCCUUGUUCUGGGGUGAUGCUGGACGGGACUUGCCGGUUUUCCUGCCGAGGACAGAAGAUUUAUCACUCUUUCCGCACAAGCUCAUUCACAGAGUAUACUGUCGUGCCCGAGAUUGCAGUGGUAAAAAUUGAUGACGCUGCUCCUAUGGAUAAAGUUUGUCUCAUAAGCUGUGGCGUCCCUACAGGCUAUGGGGCUGCUGUUAAUGCAGCCAAGGUCACCCCUGGCUCCACUUGUGUGGUUUUUGGACUCGGAGGGGUCGGCUCAUCUAUCGUCAUGGGCUGCAAAGCCUCUGGUGCGGCUAGAAUCAUUGGGGUUGACAUCAAUGAGCGGAAGUUCCCUCGGGCCAGAACCUUGGGAGUUACUGACUGUCUCAACCCUAACAAGCUCAAGAAACCUGUCCAGGAGGUGGUGAAGGAGAUGACAGGUGUUGGUGUUGACUUUGCCUUUGAGGCCAUCGGACUGGUUGAUACCAUGAUUGCUGCUUGGAACUCCUGCAACAAAAGCUAUGGUGUGUGUGUGAUCGUUGGGCUGGCUCCAUCAGAUGCACAGAUAUCCCUUGAGGCAUCCAAGAUUUUAUCCGGAAAAACCCUGAAGAGCAUGUGUCUGGGAGGUUAUAAAACCAGAGACUGCAUUCCCCAAAUAGUGACUGAUUAUCUUCAAAAUAAGAUUAAUAUAGAUCCUUUAGUGACUCAUCAGCUGCCUUUUAACCAACUCCACAAAGCCUUGGAGCUGUAUCAUUCAGGAAAAGCCAUCCGCUGUGUUCUACUCUUCUGAGAUCUCAGUGAUAAAGAGUUCACAAGCAACCUGAAGGGCUUUCCGCGCCCAAGAGCAACCGGAAGAGGCAGAUACCGAGUGCAGCUGUUCUCCCGAAACGAGGACUUCUAGACUAUACUGAUAAUAAAAUAAGUUGG